AUGAACUGCAAAGAAUCACGUCCUAUUCCUCUGCCAGAUAAUUUGCUAGAGCCUCUGUAUGUUGCUUCUGGGACUUCGAAUUUGAGUAGAGCUUGCGAAUGCCUGAUUGAAGCUGCAAAAACACCUGACGGGCGGCUAGAUCUCGCCUCCAGAGGAAUUCUUUUAUCAGUUCUUGAAUUAUGUCGAUAUCCACAUCAACUUUCUCGUCAUGACCUUAUCUUAUCCUUGAAGCUCCUCAGAAACUUGUGUGCUGGAGAAAUUAUAAACCAAAACUCAUUUAUAGAUCAAAAUGGUGCCGAGAUUCUUGCAACUCUCGUUAGCUCAUUAGGCUUGAUUACUGGUUCUGACGAUGGGUUACUUCCUUUGGUAUUGCAAGUUUUGGGAAAUGUUCCAUUGGCUGGUGAACAUCAACGUGUUGCUGUAUGGCGCCAGUUCUUUCCCCAUAAGUUUUUGGAUAUUGCUAAAGUUCAACGCAAGGAAACAUGUGAUCCGUUGUGCAUGGUUAUCUAUGUAUGUACUGAAGGUAGCAAUGAACGGUCUUUGGAACUGUUUGCUGAUGCAGGACAGUAUAUCAUUGUUGAAAUUUUGCAGACAGUUACAAAAGCUGGCUUCAGGCAAGAUUGGGUGAAGUUGCUCUUAUCAAGGAUUUGCAUUGAAGAACCUUGUUUUCCAUCAAUUUUCUCGAAACUAUCUCGAGUGGCUGAAGCUGUGAACUCCAGUGAGGUUAAUAGUUUCGGACCUGAGAAAGAAUUCCUGCUGCGUAUCCUCUCAGAUAUACUAAAUGAGCGAGUUGGAGACAUUGUUGUUUCCGGUGAUUUUUCUUUGUGCAUUUUCGAGAUAUUUAAAAGCGCUCUUGGAGUAGUUGACUUUAGCAAAAGGGGAAACUCGUCCAUUCCGACUGGCUCCACAGACAUUGAUGUAAUGGGCUUCACUCUUUCCAUCUUAAAAGAUAUUACUGCUUGUAAUAAAAAAGUUACCAAGGAGGAUGAAAAAGAAGAUAAUGUAGAUAAGCUAGUGGCAGCCGGGCUUGUUAAAUUUCUCCUAGACGUGCUACGUGGCUUGGAGCCUCCUACAACUAUCCGGAAAGCAACGAUAAACAGUGAUGAUGCAAGAAAUGAAACAACUUCGCGGGAUUACAAGUACUGUCCUUACAGAGGCUUCAGGAGAGAUAUUGUUGCCGUUAUUGGAAACUGUAGCUACCGAAAAAAGCAUGUUCAGGAUGAAGUAAGAGAACAAUGUGGGAUUCUUUUAUUGUUACAACAGUGUGUGACGGAUGAAGAGAACCCAUUCUUGAGGGAGUGGGGCAUCUUUUCCAUGAGAAAUAUUUUGGAAGGGAAUAUAGAAAACCAAAGACUGGUUACUGAUUUGGAGCUCCAACAAACCGUGGAUAGCCCUGAAAUAUCUAAGCUGGGCCUCCGAGUAGAAGUUGAUCCAACGACUCGCCGCCCAAAGCUCAUUAACACAUCCUGA